AUGAAGUGCUUUCUACCUUGUUUUGGUGCUUCCAAACGCCGAAAGCACUUGCGUUAUGCCAAUGCAACUCUCACAAGAGGAAGAGGCCAAACCCAUGUCGCAGAAGGAGCUCUUGAACUACAGCAAAAGACUGCUGUUGAAGAACUCAUUGAUUGCAUAGCAGAAUCAAAAAUAAAAAAUGAAGAGCAAUCAAAUAAAAGUGCUGAAGUGAUAUCUACCAAAGAGCUAAUAAAAAACUUUGAGGGAAUCAAGGAGGAGGAGGAAGAAGAAACACUUGAGAUAAUAUAUGAGAAGAAAGAUAACCAUGGCAAAGAUGAUGAGAAUUCAGAGUCACUGUUUUCUCUGUGCAUUGAUUCUGGAAAACAAGUUUCGGUUGCCCAGAAAGACGACGAGAUUGAAGUUAACAGUUCAAUGCAACUCGAUGGUGCCCUCUGCACCAGAAAAGAGGUAUCUGAAGCAUUUGGGUUAACCACAAGUGUUCCACAUGUUUCAUCAGUUCUGAAUCCACUUGAAAAUCUUUCAGAGAAGGAGGACACCAAGCCUCUUGAAGAGCAAACAAGUUGCAUUGCCAUAAGGAAGGUGAAUCCCAAUGAAGAAGAUUCUUCUGCUAAGGAACCAAUCAAGAAGAUGAUGGAUGAAAACGAAGAAGCAAGACCGUCGAAUCACUCCUCUGUCCCUGAGUAUAGAUAUCGAGAUUGCACUGAUGAGGGGUACGAUGGUAUUAAUCUAGAUGACAGUGAUUUCGAUGUUACAUUUGAAGAAGGUGAUGAUCCUUCUCCUCACAAUAAGAAGAUAAUGGAAGGGGAAGAAGGCGCUGAUGAUUACCAAAAAUGGGUUCAAGAAGAGUCUUCAGAAUCAUUGUUUUCUCUAUCCAGUUAUUCUAGAAAACGAAUUUCAUCAGCUGAAAAAGAAAAAGAAGAGAACGAAGUUAAUAGUUUAAUGUCAGCCCAUGUUACAGAACAAGAAGAAACUCAAGGAAGGAUUCCAGAUGUUUCAUCAGUGCUGAAUCCAAUUGAGAAUCAUACUCAAGGGAGGGUGGUCAAAGCAACAGUGCAGCAGCCACUGAAAAAAGAGAAAGAAAACAUCAACUUGAUGGUUCUGGAUGAUGAUGAUAUACUCAUUUGUCCAGAGCCUAGUUUGAAGCUGUCAAACCGCAAGGGAAGGCACAAGUUCAAUAACAAAAAGGAAGAAACCGUGGUAGACACCAGCCUCUCGAGCUGGUUGGUUGAACCAGAAAACACACCCAUUUCCAUGAAUAGUAGCAGUACCAAUUCUGUGGGAGAACAUCAACAUACACCGAAAGGAGGAAGAGGUUCACCGUUUAGUCAUGAGGAUAGGCCAAUUCUAGGAGCAUUGACAAUUGAAGAGAUCAGGAAGUAUUCAAUGUCUACAUCUUCAAGAAGGUCUAAAAGCCGAAGUCCGGAUGAGACACCCAUCAUAGGUACUGUUGGGAGCUAUUGGAGUCAUACAGGGUGGAGCAUGAACUCGGAAAUGGGUGCCAAAAAAAGUGGAAAGGAUGCGAAACUAAAAUGGAGUUCUCCCAAAUUAAAAACCAGACUAGAACCUGCGUUCGAAGCUAGUGCUGCUGAAGUCUGA